AUAUUUCUGUUAAACUUCAUAGUUGUGGUUUCGAAACGAAUAAUGCUAGUAAUUUUGCCGGGUAUAUUAAAGUUUGUAUCGUGUUUUAACGGUUAAGAAUUUAUUUCUAAUUACCGAAAGGUUUUCUUUUUUACAGAAAAUUUAUAACAAUUAUCAUUUCAAGUUUUAAUUUUUCAAUAUGUUCAAUUCAGGUGGAGGAGAUCGUAAUGCUACUGACAAAGAAAAGAAGAGAAAAGAAAGUAUUGUAGAUCUAUCAAAAUAUCUUGAGAAACCUAUUCGUGUAAAAUUCCAAGGUGGUCGAGAAGCCUCAGGCAUUCUGAAGGGAUAUGACCCUUUAUUAAAUCUUGUAUUGGAUAACACAGUAGAAUAUUUACGAGAUCCUGAUGAUGCUUACAAAUUAACAGAUGACCGACGCAAUCUUGGUCUUGUUGUUUGCCGUGGUACUGCUGUAGUUGUAAUCUGCCCUACUGAAGGAAUGGAAUCUAUUCCAAAUCCCUUUAUUUCUCAUGACACAUAAUAAAAUAUGUUUGUAAAAUUUGA